GCAGAAGGCCUACUGGCCCAUGCGAGGCAGGUCCAAGUCUCCUACCGGCUUAAGCCAAUGCACCCAACCUAGUCAGGUCAGGUCACAUUGACUUAAGGGAGGAACACGGCAACCGACCUGUUAGCACAAGCUAUCAGGUCUAACUCACACCCACCCAGGCAGACUGUUGCUGUUGAUACGUUAAUAUCUGUUGGUAAAAAAAAAAAUCUUUUAUACUUUUGGAAGUUAAUAAACUAAAGCAUUAUCUUCAGAUUUUGUCACUUACAGAAGCACUCUCGACCUUAAACGACCUAACUAGCCAACCACCGACACCAAACAAGCAUGGCAAGACCAGCGGCUGACCUGGCUGGAGGUGAUCGCGUCACUGAGUGUCAGGUGUGUGUUGUGUGUGCACGUCAGGAACACCUGGAUAUAUUAUAUAUAUGAAGUGUUCUCCAGCAUCACGUCUGUUGACCGUGAGAUCGUUACAUUUGUGGCCAGCCGGACACUUCUCCGAGACGUCAAGGGACGUUGGUUCAACUUUAACGUUCGUCAUGUAAGAGACAAGUCCAGAAAUGCGCGGCUUCACCUUGCCAAGUGCCUCUCAUAUCAUGUUCGCAACAAGGUUUGAUGUCUACCAUCCUGGAAAAGGAUUGCUCUCAAAGAUACCUUGUAACAAACGGCGUACAUUUAGAGAGAACUGCGUCAACAUCCGUGGCCCGCCACUCUUCAACAUGCUACCAGCAGCAGGUAUAAGGAAUAUUGCCGGAAAAAAGCUUCCCGGAAUGACGACCGAGAGAGCGACGUCUGUGACGCUAGGCUCAGCUGCGUCCAAGAGCCACGACGACAAGCCUAAGGAGAAGGGUAUAGAGGACGCUGUGUCCAAGCUGCUGGAGGGUUACGACUGGACGCUGCUGCCCAUGACACAGAAAUCUUCGCUGAAGCAUCGAGCUCACAUCAAGAGACCCAUGAAUGCCUUUAUGGUGUGGGCGCAGGCAGCCAGGCGCAAGCUGGCUGACCAGUACCCCCAGCUGCACAACGCUGAACUUUCUAAGACCUUGGGCAAGGUCUGGAGGUAGGUGGUGGUGGUGUGCAUGGUGC